UUUGGCAGGCCGAAAAUACUGGCUUAAGCGACGUCGUUUUCCCCAUCUGCAAUCUUUUCCGAGGGUUUAGGGUUUAUUCAUUUGUUCUACGCGUUCCUUCGAUUUUCUCUUAAUACAGAAAUUCCGUCUUCUUAGUCUGAAUUAUUAGCUAAGCGUCUAGGGUUUUUGAUUCGCCAUCCUUCAAUUUCCAGAAGUUCUGUUUUCCGGUGACUGGAUUAUUAGCUAACCACUAAUGGGGAAGAAAAAGCAGAAAGUAGUGCUGCCGCCGGAGCUUCCGCCGGACGUUCCCGAUGAAGACAUUGAAGUUACAGCUGAGGACGUGCAUUUCAUCAACGAGAAUUUGGAUUACGCUAGCUACCUCUCCAAUUUGGACACUAAGUCCAUCACCAAGCAUGUUUCUCGAGUGGCUGAUGUGAACGAGGGGGCUUUAGAAUUAUUAUAUGAGAAAAGGAUGAGAAAAAAAUUGGACGGCAAAGAUAAAGAGCAGCCUGGAAUGGAGGUUGAUCCUGUCGAUGCACUUCCAGUGAAAACCCCGCUCGGGAAGCUUUACUAUAGAAGAGUGACAAAGGAGCCGAAAGAGGGUGAAGAGGAAUCAAAAGAAGGUGAUUCUAUUACUAAGGGUCCUAGUUUUGUGAAAUUGACGAAAACAGAGAAGCGAUUAAAUACUAAGAAAUCGAGGAAAGAGGCAAAGAAACAAGCAAAGGAGGAAGAAGUGCUGCAAAUACCUCAGGCCGAAGUUUUGGAUGAAGUGAAAAAAGAUCUCACUGCUGAAGAAGCCCGUGAGAGCAAGAAAUAUAAACUUGCAGUGUUAGGAACGUCACUACUAGCUGAUCCUGAAUCCAAUAUCAAGAACAUAAAGGAGAUGCUGGAGAUUUCAAAAGAUGAAGAUAGUGCGAUUGUGAUGCUUGGACUCAAAUCACUAGUGGCUGUUUUUAAAGACAUAAUUCCUGGCUACCGGAUCAGGCUGCCCACGGAAAAAGAACAAGAGAUGAAGGUUUCAAAGGAUGUUAAGAAAAUGCGAUUUUUUGAGUCCACUCUGCUGUCUGCAUACAAGGCAUAUGUUCAGAAAUUGGUAGCUUUGCAACAGCAGACUGUUUAUAAGCGAGUAGCUGUCCGUUGCUUGUGUACAUUGCUUGAAGCCUUGCCACACUUUAAUUUUCGUGAGAGCUUGUUGGCCGCAGUUGUGAAAAAUAUAAGCUCCCAGGAUGAUGUUGUAAGAAAAUUUUGCUGCGCUACUAUUAAGUCACUUUUCACUGACAAUGGAAAACAUGGAGGUGAGGCUACUGUGGAGGCUGUUAAAAUGAUUGCAGAACUUGUAAAAGCGUACAACUGCCAAUUACAUCCUGAUUCUAUUGAAGUUUUCUUGUCUCUCUCCUUCGAUGAAGAUCUUGGAAGACCAGAAAAACCUGUUAUGAAUAAGAGAGGCCAAAACAAUAAAUCCAAGAAGAAAAAGGAUGCAGAUGAUCAAAAGCAGAUGCUGGAAAAUGAGAGAAAGAAAAAUAGGAAAGAAAUGUUGUCAAAGACAAGAGAGGAGGUAAAAGCGGACUUCAAAGCUGCUUCAUUUGCUCAAGAUACUCACGAGCGAAGAAGGAUGCAGUCACAGACACUUUCAGCUGUAUUUGAAACAUUCUUCCGCAUCUUAAAGCAUGCUGUGGAGUCAACGUCAGAAGCCAGUUCUGUGCCUGGUACAUCAGGAAGUCACCCCCUACUUGCUCCGUGUUUGAAUGGAAUAGGAAAAUAUUCCCAUCUAAUUGACAUGGAUUUCAUGCCGGAUCUCAUGAACAGUCUGGGAAAACUUGCUGGAAAUGGCAGCAAGUCUUCCGAGAAAUCUUAUCAAUUAACAGUGUCCGAACGAUUGCGCUGCUGCAUUGUUGCUUUCAAAGUGAUGAAAAGCAAUCUAGAUGCUUUGAAUGUCGAUUUACAUGACUUCUUUGUCCAGUUCUACAAUCUGAUACUGGAGUACCGGCCAGGAAGGGAUCAGGGAGAUGUGUUAGCCGAAGCACUAAAGAUAAUGCUCUGUGAUGAUAGACAGCAUGAUAUGCAAAGGGCUGCUGCCUUCAUAAAACGGUUGGCCUCGUUUUCAUUAUGCUUUGGUUCAGCCGAGUCCAUGGCUGCAUUAGUUACAGUGAAGCAUCUUCUUCUGAAGAAUCUGAAAUGCCGUAACCUCUUAGAAAACGAUGCCGGAGGUGGAUCUGUUGCUGGUGCCAUCGCCAAAUACCAACCCGAUGCGAUGGACCCUAACCGUAGUGGUGCACUAGCUUCAGUUCUUUGGGAGCUCAACCUUCUAAAGAAGCACUACCAUCCAGCUGUAUGUUCGAUUGCUAAUAGUAUCUCAACAAUGAACACUUCUAAUAACCAGGUCUAUCAUUCCCAUGUGUCCCCACUUCAAGCCUAUACAGAUUUAUCACAGUUAGACAAGUCUUUUGCUCCGUCUAGUGAUGUAAAGAAAGGAAAUAACAAGAAAAGAAAGGGAAGCGACAAUAUGCCCGUUAAAGUUGUGUCGGAGGCUGAUUUAAUCGAUCAAAUGGAUGAGAAUGUUGUUAGAAAAAAACUCGGUGAGCACUUCUUCUUGCUUCGUGAUAUUCAAGAGAAUGAGAAAUUGAGAUCCGAGUUGGAUCGCACAACAUUGUCGCUAAACCUUUAUGAUCAAUACAAAAAGCAAAAGAAGAGGAAGACGAGGUAAAGAUCAAAGGUACGUCGGAUGAGUGUAAGCGUUUACACUUUUUUCCCGCUCCUUUUUUUUUUGUCCGGUUUUCCCACCUUUUGCAGUUUUGACUUUGGGCCACAAAAGUUCACGAGUCCUAUUUAUUUUUUGUUGUGUAAUGAUUUGAACUGCAUUGCAUUCUUUUUUCAUGGAACUAUGUCAUACUUAAAGAACACGAUAAUUGAAUAUCAUGGAAACACGACUGUAUGUUCGUAUUGCGUUAUACAUGUAUGGUCGAGUGAAAUUCAUGCAUCUAGAUCUAUUUGCGUCUUUUUGAUUUGUAGUUACAUUUAUGAACAUUUAGGGAUGCAACACACAGUGAACUUCACCAGAGUUAAUGUUAAAUAUUUAUUUUACAGUUAA